CCCUAACUAAAAGUUGUUUUCUUCUUCUGGAGCCGCGCUGCGAAAGCAUUUUCGAUUGUAAUCUAAAGGAAAAAAAUGUCGACAGUUGGAGAGCUUGCUUGCAGUUACGCUGUUAUGAUCCUCGAAGACGAGGGUAUUGCUAUCACGGCUGACAAAAUCGCGACUUUGGUCAAAUCUGCUGGAGUCGAGGUUGAGUCAUACUGGCCAAUGUUGUUCGCCAAGAUGGCUGAGAAACGUAAUGUCACUGAUCUCAUCAUGAACGUUGGUGCUGGUGGUGGAGGCGGUGCUCCAGUUGCAGCUGCUGCCCCAGCUGCUGGUGGUGGUGCUGCCGCUGCUGCUCCAGCUGCUGAGGAGAAGAAGAAGGAGGAACCAGCAGAAGAGAGUGACGAAGAUUUGGGAUUCGGCUUGUUCGAUUAAGCUAUAUCGCAUUUACUUGUUUUCCUACUUUGUAGCUGGUUUUAUCGAUUUGAGACAAUUACUCUUUUGGUUUAAGCACAUUUUGUCGUAUCUAAGCUAUUACACUUUUGGUUUGGCUAAAGAACCGUUAGUCUUUAUUCUUUGAA